CAGGAUGGAGCCAACCUCGAACUGCCGAGAAAGCGAGACGAAGAGUUCUGGUUCGAAGACGGAAGCAUCAUCCUGAUCGCGCGCGACGUCGAGUUUCGCGUCUUCAAAGGCAUACUCGCCAAGCAUUCUCCCCUCUUCGGAGACAUGUUCUCUCUUCCCCCUGGGCCACCACCGGAGUCGUCGCAAGGCACGGCAGCAGCAGCCGAGUCCUGCCCCGUCGUCCAUCUUUCCGACUCUCCAGAGGACUUCAGGCACGUUCUCCGA